AUGCAACCCGUGGCCUCCUUCGCAGCACGGGUCCUGUCUCUCGCUCAAUCGCAUGCAGGAAUCAUCAACGACCUUGAAUACGACAGUCCGACCAUGACAGACAAGUUGCACAGCUUUUGCCGUCUCCGGGAGAGGAUGUUGAUACCGACGUCCUGUUUCUUCGAGCUCUACGCGACAGACUAUGGGAGGAAGAUCCGGAUGCCUGGGUUAAUCAAGGGAAUGGCACGUAUUUCAGAGGAGUGGGUUGUCCACGAGGCUUCCGCUUGCAUUCCCGGCCGCAAUAGGUUCGCUCUGCAAACCGACCACCUGAAGUUGAACAAAUUCUCCGGCCCCAAGGACCGAUCCUUCAUAAGCGUCUCGGAGGAGAUUGGCAAAAUGGUCGUUACUUCGAAAGACUUGAUGGAACGUCGGAAGAAUCUUGCCGGAGAAUCUCACUUCUGUGUACCAUUUGGACGAAACAGAGAUUUUGUCGGACGUGAAUCAAUUCUAGCACAGCUUCUCACGACCAUUCCUCCUACCGCAGAAGUGGAUGAUUGCCAAAGGACAGCCAUCGUAGGACUCGGAGGAGUCGGAAAGACUCAGAUUGCGCUCGAGGCUGCCUUUCGAGUCCGUGACGCACACCCCGGUUGCUCUAUCUUCUGGGUUCCAGCUGUGAAUGCUGCAAGCUUUGAGAAUGCCUAUCGAGAAAUAGGACGCCAACUCGGCGUUGGAGGAAUCGAUGAAGACACGGCGGACGUCAAAACAAUUGUUAGAGAAGCUCUGAGCCGGGAGAGCAGUGGUCACUGGCUCUUGAUCGUCGACAAUGCGGAUGAUCCAGAUUUACUCUUCAGUGAUAUGGCCCUCUCCGAUUGCCUCCCGUUCAGCCGGAAAGGCUCUGUCCUGUUUACCACCCGAAGCCAUGAAGCCGCUGUGAAACUCGAUAUUCCCGAAAGGAAUAUUGUUACCGCGGCGGAAAUGAACGUCGCCGAAGCGACGGAUCUAUUACUGAAAGGCUUGAGCAGCCAGAGAUGCAACCUCGAAGAUGCGAAAAGCUUGCUUGUCUUCUUAGCCAAUCUUCCCCUUGCAAUCAAACAGGCAUCCGCAUACAUAGCCAAGACGGGGAUGCCCAUUGUUAAAUACCUCCAACACUGCAAGUCAAGCGAUAAAACCCUGAUCAAGCUGCUUAGCAAGGACUUUGAAGAUCGGGGACGUUACAAGGGCAUUCGGAAUCCAGUAGCCACGACUUGGCUGAUCUCAUUCCAGCAUAUUUCACGGGACAACCCAGUUGCGGCGCGGUAUCUGAAGUUUAUAUGUUUCCUUGCCGGAAAGGAGAUUCCAGUCUCUCUCCUGCCACCCGCAAGCGACCAGCUAGAGGCGGACGAAGCGAUCGGCAUUCUGAAAGCAUACGCGUUCAUCACCAAUCGUGACAGUCACGAUUCGUUUGACAUGCACAGACUCGUUCGACUGGCGACGCGGAACUGGUUGGACGAAGAAGGAGAACACGAGGAAUGUGUCACGGAGGUGAUACAGCGCUUGGUGCAAGCAGUUCCUUAUCCAGAAAGUGACAAUAAAAAUACAUGGAUCAAAUACCUGCCGCAUCUAGAGGCUGCGCUUGGGUCUCGAGAAGGCUCUGCAGAUAAAGCAGCAUCAUUUCUACUUCAGAUCGCAGGACAGUGCUAUUAUGUUCUCGGGCAGUAUCAGAAAGAUGAGCAGAAAACGCGGCAAGCACUGGAGCUGCGGGAGAAGCUGUUUGGCAGAGAGCAUCCACGAACGCUCGACACCAUGGAGAAUAUUGCGAUAGUCCUGAGCGAACAAGGAAAGUACGAGGAAGCUGAGCAGAUGCACCGGCAGGCUUUGGAGCUAAAGCGGAAGGCCCUGGGCGAAGAGAGUCCGUCUACGCUAAAAUGCAAGAGUAACUUUGCCGCACUCUUGGGCUACCUAGGGAAAUAUGAUGAAGCUGAGCAGAUGCACCGGCAGGCGUUGGAUCAAAGCCUGAAAGUGUUAGAUAAAGAUGACCCCUACCUUGCUUAUAGUAUGAACAAUCUUGCAGUAGUGCUGAGCAACGGGGGAAAACACGAGGAAGCUGAGGGCCUCUGUCGGCAAGCGCUGGAGCUAUUGAGGACCAGGAUUGGUGAAGAGGAUCUACACAUGCUCAACUGUAUGGCGACCCUCGGACAGGUGCUGGGCGCGCAAGGGAAGUACGAGGAAGCUGAGGGCAUUAUUCAGCAGACGAUGCAAGUGCGGGAAAGGGUGCUUGGCGAAGGCCAUCCGGACACACUCGCAAGCAUGAGUGAGCUUGCAGUAGUGCUGGGCAACCGGGGAAAACACGAGGAAGCUGAGAGCCUCUGUCGGCAGGCGCUGGAAUUGAUGAAGAAUGUCAUUGGCGAAGAGCAUCCAGAGACGCUCAGAAGUAUGGAUUACCUUGGUGCAGUGCUUAGAAAUCAAGGGAAGUAUGAGGAGGCCGAGGGCAUGCUUCGGCGGACAGUGGAGUUGCGGGAAAAGGUGCUCGGCAAAGAGCAUCCAAACACACUCAUCAGCCUGACGAACCUUGCAGCCUUACUCAAGAGCCAGGGGAAGCGAGAAAAUGCGGUGGCUGUUAUGGAAAAGUGCUACCCCUUAUGGGUUCAGAAGCUGGGGCCAGACCAUCAUAUGACACAGUCUUCUCUUAGAACACUGAAUGAUUGGAAACUUGAGGGUUAA